AUGAAGACCGCCGCCUUCUUCUGCGCCGUACUAGCUACCACUGCCAUUGCCCAGCCCCAUCAGCAUGGAAGCAAACGCCGCCAUGUCCACGGCAAGCACCAGAAGCGCGCUCUCGUCACCGAAUGGGUUACCGAGAUCGCCUACGUGACCGAAUGGGUUGACUCAACCGCCACCGUCUGGGUUGAUCCCGAUGUCUCGUCUACCAGCUCUGCGCUUCCUACCACUUCCGUGCCCGCCCGGUUUUUCGAGCCCGCCAACCAGCCGUCUUACACCACCUUGUCAACCUCCACGAAGCCUUCGGCCGUUGCUUCCCCCGUCAAUGAGAUCCAGGAGCAGGCGCCCGCCCCCGCGCCUACCCCUUCCACGUCUACGCCCGCCCCUGCUCCCCAGACCCCGACUCCCGAGCCCGUCCCGACUUCAACCUCUCUCUACGUUGCUCCCCCGCCCGCUCCCCCGCCGGCUUCUUCAUCGUCCACUACUCCCGCGCCCGCUCCUCAGCCUACUACACCCAGCCAGGCCGCACCCUCGAGCACUUCCGCUGCUUCUGGCGGCUCCGGUGGUGGCUCCGGCGGCACCUCGUACACCGGUGACCUGACUUACUACACUGUUGGUCUUGGCGCCUGUGGCGAGGACGACAGCGGCAAAGACAACUCCGAAAACAUCGUUGCCGUCUCUUACUUGGUCAUGGGUUCCCAGUCCAACGGUAACCCGUAUUGCGGAAAGAAGGUCCAGAUCAGCGCUAAUGGCAAGACCACCACCGCCACUGUCCGUGAUAAGUGCAUGGGCUGCCAGGCAGAUGCCAUUGAUGUCAGCGAAAAGGCUUUCCUCGACAUUUUUGACAGCCUCGGUGUUGGUCGCGGAACAGUCGAGUGGAAAUUCCUUGACUAA